UGUUAGACUAGUGCUGCAACGACAACCAUCCCAUUGUCCUUGGAUUAUUAGCAGUUUAGCACGAAGCAGCAUAUAUAAUAUUUUUUUGAUUGGAUUGGGGAAUUUGGGGUAGAGAUCUGACCAGCGCCUGCCCCCAAACAGAUCAAUCAAGAAAUAUGUUGCAGUGCAUCUUUCUCCUUUCCGAUUCUGGAGAGGUGAUGCUGGAGAAACAGCUGACCGGACAUCGUGUCGAUCGAUCAAUCUGCGCUUGGUUUUGGGAACAAUCCCUCCUCCUCAACAAGGUAUUGCCGGUAAUAGCUUCCCCGACGCAUUAUCUUUUCCAAAUUGUACGCGAAGGCAUCACAUUUUUAGCAUGUACUCAAGUUGAAAUGCCCCCUUUGAUGGGAAUUGAGUUUCUUUGCAGAGUUGCUGAUGUUCUCUCAGAUUAUCUUGGGGGGCUAAAUGAAGAUGUAAUAAAGGACAAUUUUGUUAUCGUAUAUGAGCUAUUGGAUGAAAUGAUAGACAAUGGAUUUCCUCUAACUACAGAACCCAACAUAUUGAGGGAUAUGAUAGCUCCUCCAAACAUAGUUAGCAAGAUGUUGAGUGUUGUCACUGGUAAUAGUUCUAACGUGAGCAAUACCCUUCCAGGGGCCACAUCCUCAUGUGUACCAUGGAGGACAACACAGGUGAAACAUGCAAAUAACGAUGUGUAUGUCAAUCUUGUUGAGGAGAUGGAUACAAUCAUCAACAGUGAUGGGGUGUUAGUGAAGUGUGAGAUCUUUGGUGUAAUAGAAGUGAACUCUCAUCUAUCAGGCAUUCCAGAUUUGACUCUUUCCUUUGCAAACCCUUCGAUUCUGAAUGAUGUGCAGUUUCAUCCUUGUGUUAGAUUUCGACCCUGGGAAUCACAACAGAUACUUUCCUUUGUGCCUCCAGAUGGACUGUUUAAGCUCAUGAGUUACAGGGUUAAGAAGUUAAGGAACACUCCUAUAUAUGUAAAGCCCCAACUGAGUUCAGAGUCUGGUACAUGCCGUCUGAGUGUGAUGGUUGGAGUACGAAAUGAUCCAGGAAAAGCUAUUGACUCAGUAGUGGUGCAAUUUCAACUCCCCAAUUGUGUGUUAUCAGCCAAUCUCACAGCAAACCAUGGGACAGUAAAUAUCCUUGCUGAUAAGACAUGUAGCUGGUCUAUUGGUAGGAUUCCAAAAGACAAAGCCCCACAAAUGUCCGGAACAUUGGUGCUUGAAGAAGGCUUAGAACAACUUCUCGUGAAGCCCACUUUUGAAGUAGGCUUUAAAAUCAUGGGUGUAGCUCUAUCUGGCUUAAAAAUAAAUAAGUUGGAUUUAAAGAAUCUACCUGCACCUGCUCAUAAAGGAUUUCGAGCGCAAACUGAGGCAGGUCAAUAUGAAAUUAGAUCAUAGUUUUAUUUUCUGACGACAUGUUUGAUUAUUCAAUUCCUUUUUGAAUAUUUUCUGGCCCUUCAUGUUUGAUGUUUAAGGUGGAUUUUACCGUUUUGGAGUAAUACAUGGUUUGGGUUUUGCUGUAUAUAUAGUUACAACAUUGAUUACGUUUAAAGUAUAUCAUGUUUUGGCA